AGUAGUUUCACAGUCCAUGAAAUUGGUCCAGGAGUGAUUUGUAAUUGUAGUGAACGUGUGGGUUGCGGAACUCGUUCUCUCUCUUAUAAUAACAGUUUCUAUUGCGUUUGUAUUGUGUUGCGGUCGCUAGUUGGUUAUAUAUAAAUAAAUAUCCAGAAUGGAUGUCGAUCCAAUUUUAGAAGAUAGUCGGAGUCUAGAAUCUUUAGAGGAAAGUGGACUGAACACAAUGAUAUAUGACAGCAGUAGCCAACACUCAGCCAUGGAUACAAGCACAUCUCUACUUGAUGAUGAAAGUACAAAGCUUUAUUCAACUGGCUUGGCUCUCACCUCAGCUGCUAACAAUGCCAACAACAAUAAUAGGCGUCGGAAAGAUAAUAAGGGAGAAUACCCAAGCCAGAGAGAAUCUUGUAUCAAAAUGUUUGAACACUGGAGCGAGCAGGAUCAACUGGAGUUUAUGGAGCAUCUUCUCUCAAGGAUGUGUCAUUACCAGCAUGGCCACAUCAAUGCAUUCCUUAAACCUAUGUUACAACGAGAUUUUAUUUCCUUGCUGCCAAAGAAAGGUCUUGACCAUGUGGCUGAGAAAAUAUUGAGUUACCUUGAUGGGAAGAGUUUGCGGGAUGCUGAACUUGUGUGUAAAGAAUGGCAGAGAGUUAUUGCAGACGGUGUACUUUGGAAGAAACUCAUUGAAAGGAAAGUUCGGACGGACCCAUUAUGGAAAGGCCUUUCUGAAAGAAGAGGCUGGGGUCAGUUCUUGUUCAAGCCUCGUCCUGGGGAGCAGCAUCCUAGCCAUUCCUAUUACAGGAAAAUGUACCCCAAAAUUAUACAGAAUAUUAAGACAAUAGAAGCCAAUUGGCGUAUGGGUCGUCAUAAUCUUCAGAAGAUCAACUGUCGCUCUGAGACAUCCAAAGGCGUCUACUGCUUACAAUACGAUGACAGUAAAAUUGUUUCGGGUCUUCGGGACAACACCAUCAAAAUGUGGGACAGGAACACUCUUCAGUGCUACAAGGUACUAACUGGGCACACUGGCUCAGUACUGUGCCUGCAGUACGAUGAGCGCGUGAUCAUCAGUGGGUCAUCAGACAGCACCGUGCGUGUCUGGGACGCACACACAGGAGAGAUGACCAACACCCUCAUCCACCACUGUGAGGCAGUGCUGCACCUGCGCUUCACCAACGGCCUCCUCGUAACCUGCUCCAAGGACCGCAGCAUUGCCGUGUGGGACAUGGUCUCUGCCAGCGAGAUUAACCUCCGACGCGUGCUUGUAGGCCAUCGUGCUGCCGUCAAUGUUGUUGACUUUGAUGAGAAGUACAUCGUGUCUGCAUCCGGUGACCGCACCAUCAAAGUCUGGGGCACCAGCACAUGCGAGUUUGUGCGAACCCUCAACGGACACAAGCGUGGCAUUGCAUGCCUUCAGUACAGAGACAGGCUUGUGGUGAGUGGGUCUUCUGACAACACCAUCAGGCUGUGGGACAUUGAGUACGGCGCCUGCCUCCGGAUAUUAGAUGGACAUGAGGAACUUGUGCGAUGCAUCCGCUUUGAUAACAAGCGCAUCGUGUCAGGCGCCUAUGAUGGCAAGAUAAAAGUCUGGGACCUGCACGCCGCACUCGACCCUCGCUCUCCAGCAGGCACCUUGUGCCUUAGAACUCUGGUGGAACACUCUGGUCGUGUGUUCAGAUUACAAUUCGACGAGUUCCAGAUUGUAUCGUCCUCACACGACGACACAAUCCUCAUUUGGGACUUCCUCAACUGCUCCCCACCAGACUCUCCAAUCCCUCCAGUCCAAGCUGGAGGAUCGUCAAGUCCCACCUCAGAUUCUGGCCUAGUCCCCCAGGCUGCAGCAGCAGCUGCUGUUGCUCCCUCAGUUCCUCCCGCUGUCUCUCCCUCACUACCCCCAGCUCUUCCCCCCUCGGCUCCUUUCAUGUUCGGGGAGGCGAGAGGGGCUGAGAGAGCCGUUCCAAUGCCCUCUCCCCCACCUCCCCUUCCGUCCAAUGAUUCUAUGGAUAAAUCUAUAGAUGAAGGCCAGGAUUGAUGACACUCGGGAGGCUGGCAUGUGGAUAACGCGCUCAUUGCGAGGAUACCUACGUUUUAAGCACAGUCUUUGUUAUUGUUGUUGUAGCGCUAAUAAUAGGAAUACUCUUGUGUAGCUCGACCAGCUGUGUUGCACUUCAUCUUUUUAUUAUCAUCAUCCUAAUCAUGAAAUGAUGCCAACUAAUGCUGCUCACGGUAUCGUUCAUACCACCAUUUUAUCAUUUCACUUUCACUGCUCAUCUUUUUUGCUUCUACAUUUCAUUUUGUCUUGUAUUUUGGUUUAUGUUUCACAUACCAACUUUUUUCACUUCACUUCCAUCACUCUACCUUUAGUUCGUUUAUUUAUACACUUGCAUUAUCCUUGGUGCGGGGUCACCCUGGUGUGACGUACAUACUCUUGUCCACACCACAGAAUUCAUUGAGGUAAAUUCGUGUACAUUUCAGUUGUUUUGCACGUACGAACGUUUAUUAAAUGACUGUUUCAUAUGUGUUCAGCACUCCUGUACUGUUAUCAGCGUUUCAUGUGCGUAAAUGUUAACAUAAAAACGGCUCUACGGAAGUAAGGUUUAAUGAGUUGGACGCACUCCUGCCUUCUUCUAAUUACCCAUUAACAGGUUUUUGCGCGAAUAUUGUGACGCAUUCAACUAUGGAAGGUCACAUUGUGAUUUUUCCUUAAAAUAAGCUAAGUUGUAGGCUUGGUUCUGUCUUGAGAACAUCCAAGCUGGACUUCGAGCGUAUUGUGUCCCUAGAUUUUUUAUGGGGGAGUCGAAGAGUGUAGCGACUCGAAGUAUUUGUACUGUACUCUUGAAUAGGUUCACCCCCUACGCCUUUCUGAAGCGCAUCUGCAGUUCCGAUAGCAAUUUUAGUGGUAAUAAAUAUUGUACAGGUUCUGAUGCUUGGUCUGUGCACACGAGCACUGCUGCUUGUGUCGCGUCAGCAAUGGUCGCUUAUCUUGUUUUUAUUGUUAUUGUCCCAUCAACACAAUCGCUUACGAUGACGCUAAUCCUUUAGGCGAUGGCUAACAGGGCGGUAUGAUAUCUCACGCCGUGCUGAGUAAAGAGCUUCGUUAAAUCAUUUCCCUCGGGUCUUGUAAAUUUUGAGAAUAAUAUGUUGUAAGCUGUGCAGUUAAUGCAUCUAUUGAUUUAAGGUGCUGAACUAUCUGGCCUACUAGCUGUCGGCCUGCUGGGUUAACUAGUGCUUGACUUGCAUUAUGAGCUGACUGUGUUCAUGUAAAUGAUUUAGGCAAAUCGUCGUCUGCUGCGGCUUAGCUAUCCAAUGAACGAUAGUUCUUGGUUCUGUAUGUGACUGCGCCACACCUGUCUUUUGCAUGCUAUUCAUCGUUUUGUAUAAUUCCAUUUGUUAUUGUAUUACCUCAUAAGUAAUUCUAGGGGGCAAUAUUAUCAAAAUUAGUCCUGGUGUCAAAGCGAGUGUUGAAAUUGGGGUUCUAAGCUGACGCGUAGCGAAUACGAUGUUCGGUGCAUCGUUUUGAUUUACGCCGAAAUUUAUCGCAUCUAAAUUUUGAAAAAUUUCUAUUUAUUUUUUUGCACAAGUAUAGGAAUUAAUUUGUUAGGACUUCCUUAGGGAUAAGAUAAAUAUGCUUUGUUUUAUUUAUGGACCGUUGUAAAAAGUCGUUAGUACCCUCGCUCACUUUUUGUUCAUAGUAAACGUACCAUGUGUUCUAUGUCCACUUUCUCCUAUAUUUCGAGUCUCGUAGUGAACAUUUUAAGCGAUUUUUUACUCGUCCACGUGUUUCUCCUUCACGAUCUUUCCUUUCUAAUAAAUCACAUUUAUUAAUGAUAACGAUCGUAGAUGUUCGCUUGUUUUCACAGACGCAUCUAGGCUCUUCAUGUUGUAUUAGGAAACUUAAUGUAUUAUAGCGUUUACAGAAGCUACACCGCAACUCUUCACUGAUUUAAAGAUUCAUCAUUUGGA